GGAAUUGUUCAUAGAGCUCUGAGAGAGGAUUGUGUCGAGCCAUGGAUCUUGGGAAGGGUACCAAAAAAUAUCUCCAUUCUACUUUUGGACAUCAAUGUGGCCGCUGCAUCUGUGGAAUGUUGCUAACAUUGGCAGUGAUGAGAGACGAGUUACGGCGGUGCAACCCAUAAUACUUUGAGGAUUUGAUGGAGGACCAAUAUGGAGAAUGCUAUGCCCAGAAACUGGAGGACAGGUUGCUGCAUUACCUUCAGGUACUGGAGUCGACGCUGCAGAGCGAUACCUAUUUUGACCAGCUGUUGAAGCAGGAGGGUCCAAUGGCAUACGAAGAGGAGUUACUAUUGCCGUUAAUUACCUGUGACUCCACCUCCCUUGCUGCGUCCUUGAAGAGGCUAUUCCACUCUGACAAGUCUUCUUCAAGAUGCCAUCCCAGCCACGGAGCCCAUAAGGUAUCAGCACAGGAGAGGGGAAUAGGCCGGGAGCUGGAGGGUCCUGUGACCUCGAAAGUUGUGCUAAGGUCGCCCAAGGAGAGAACACACAAAGACGGGCAGUCACAGCUUGACAGGACAAGUCUCUACGCAUUCCAGGGUAUCUGUCAAGAUAACCGAAAGGAGAGAUCCAAAUCAUUGGGGUUGGGUCCACACCAUGCUUGUGCAGCUGAGCAAAGUUUAGAGCCACAGGCCCUUAUCGUGGAGCUGGGGGUGGAUCUGUCCAAAGACAGUCCACUCCUCCUGGAGGAGGAAGUCUCUGAUGGGGAGGAGGGGAGCCGAGGCAGGACGGAGGAGGAUGACGGGCAGAACAAUGAGGAGGUGCCUGAGGCCUCCCCACUGCAGCUGUGCUCUAAACACCGGAAAUGGGUGAGGAGCAUUCUGCAGGAGUGCUCGGAAGAACUGCUGUGUGAAAAGAGUGAUACCCCAGUGCACUGUCAGGGGUCCUCUUCCACCUCAUCACAGGACUUGACCCCAUCCCUCCUCACCCUUUGUCAACCCCAACAUCUAACUCUGGCCACACAGAGCCCUUCCCCUCCUCAACCAGUGGCUGUAUCCCAACCUACGGACCUCGAUGACAGAGCCCAUUCUGAACAGGCUGGAGAACUAGCAGACAGCCCAGAGGCCAGUAGAACACAUAAGGUCAAGCUGAGACUGUCUGUGGAGAGUCAGGCUCUUCUGCUUAUAUCAAAGUUUCGACAGCCAUUUGUGCGGCUCCGAAAACUGACCCAGCAGGAGUGUAGCAUGGCUGCAGAGCUAAGAGGGACCAAGACCACUGAGGAGGAAGACUGUGAUGAUGGUGAAGAGGAGGAUGAUGAAGAACAUGUGGAAAAAACUCCAGUGUAUUCUUAUUAUGAUUUAAACACGCUCUAUUCUAGUUUUGAGUCAAGCUCUGAUGAAGAUCCCGAAACACAAGAUUCAGAUCCUGACUAUGUUCCUGGAUAUGGAAAGAGGAUGUACAACCAAAGUGUGUGAUGGAGGAAGAAGCAUGAUCCCGGGGUUGACAAUGAGGUAUGGGAUUAGAUUAAGGUAUCAGGGUGGUGUCCACCAUUUGCCGCGGUGAAAUGUAUAGCUGAGGUUAAACAAACUGCUACAUAAUUAUUCAGCAUCAGAAUUCUGGUUAAAUUUCAGUAAAACAGUAUUCAAUAUGCCCAGUUCAACCAGGUGUAAUGUUGGUAUAAUAACCUUUUACAUACCAUAAUACACAGCACCAGUUUCUUACUGACCUAGGUUCUUGGUCUGUGACAAUACCAGUAUCUCUAUUUUUUUCCAUGGCAAAAAUGAAAAUAUGUGGCACACCAAACUCUGUAAAAUAUUGUGUGCUAUAGCUUGGAAAAUAAACAUGACUGGAUGACAUGGGGAUUUUUUUAUUUCCAACAUUAGGGUUAUUUUUUUCCUAAAAAAGUUACAUUCUUUUUGUGGAUUGUUUCCUAGCCACGAUAUUAUACUGGUAUCGUCCCCAAUAUUUAAUACUGUGUCAGGUUGAUUCAGAGGGGUCUGUUUGAUGGUGUGACAUGGAUUAAAUAUUACUCAGAUAUUCUGAGUGGACUGCUACUGUCCAUAACAUGCAACUAAAAUCCGUUGACCAGUCAUUGUGCACCUCCUUUUGUUGACAAAUCAAUGAUGAUGACGUCAUUGGGAAUUGCGUACAUCACUGAACAAAUGGAAAAGCUGUGAAUCAUUCCUGAUUUUGUCAUAGGCAGCUCAUCUUGUGAAGUGAGGGUUCAGGGUCAUCAUGCUGUCAGUGUAAGCCACCUAUGCAUUUGUGCUUACACACUACCGUUGUUAGUUAAUCCAUAUAUUAGUUAGUCCACUGCAAUUUUGGGGUAGGUCAAGUGACACAGAUUCAGGGUAUGUGGGCUAAUGAGAAGACAGAUGUUAGAUGACUCAGCAACAUAUUCAUAGGAUGGGAAGCUAGUAGAGGGCUUCCAUAGAGAGAGAAGAUGCAAGGGAUUCUCCUUUACCCAGAAGAGGGUCAUUGGGCCAAAAGCCUACAAAUAGGGUCAUACAUAUUAUUAACACCUCAUCAUUAAGAGACAUGUGAAUCAUGAUGUAGCAGUCUGUGUUUACUUCAGUUUUAAAAUCAUGUGUGGGAACUGGAUUGGUGAGCAGCAAGGUGUUGCGGUAAAUUACGGUUGUUGUGAAGUGAGUAGGUACUUGACUCAUACAAUUACGAGUCACUUUUAGGUAGGUGAGCUUGAGUUCUGUGACAUGUUUUAUUUAUUAAGAAUGUAUAUGUGGAUAGGUACGUGGUCAACAGAGGGACAUGGAGUGACAGGGUCUUUAACUGACUCAACCCCAUCAUGCCUGCUGGCGGAUAGGGCACAGGGUCCUUAGCCAGAUAAGGGGAUGGUGGGGUACAAAGUUCCAGGGGAUUUUUGUGUGUGUUGGACCACUGCAUAAGGUUUUAUUAGGAUGUGUAUUUAUUUAUCUACAUUCUUCUGUAAAUUUUACAGGACACAGUGGCUCUACCAAUAUUGCAUAAUGAGUUGUUCAGUCUCUGUUCACUGAGUUACCCAUCAUGAGAGUAAACAACCCCAGAGUGAAUCAGAAGUUAUGCUGUUGGCUACCUGUUACAUUACUGUGUUCAAUAAACUUUUUGUGUGAAA